AUGGACCUCCUUGCUGAACACCACCUGCAGGGAACUUCAGCUGUAUUCUAUAUCCCAAACUUCAUCUCUGAAGAUGAGGAACAGUACUUACUACGGAAGAUAAAAGAUUCCCCAAAGCAGAAAUGGAAGAUGUUGAACAAUCGCAGAUUACAAUUAUGGGGGGGUGAAGUUCUCCAGAAGAACAUUCUGUUUCGCCAGGAAUUUCCUGCAUUCUUGAAUGAUUUUCCUGAUGUUCUAGGACGUCUCAGACUCCUUGGCGCCUUCAACCAAUCCCCACACAAAGGACCCAAUCACGUUAUAUUGAACGAAUAUCAUCCAGGACAAGGCAUUAUGCCCCACGAAGACGGUCCCUCAUAUCACCCAGUCGUCGCAACUAUUUCCUUAGGAUCGCAUACUAUCUUCCAUUACUAUCGGUAUAAUAAGGAUAAAGACAGUUUGAGUGUUGACCCCGGAUCGACUCGGAUGGGACGUAGCGUCAAUCCAGCACCUUCAUUGUCAUUGUUUUUGGAGCCUCGCAGUGUUGUGGUUACGACUGGGGAACUUUACACAACGCAUCUGCAUGGCAUAGACGAGGUAGAUGCCGACACAUUCACCGGCGAUGGUUUCCUGCUUCUUCCCAAUGGAUCGCACUCACAGAUCGUCAAUCGCCACAUGAUUAAAGACGAGACUGUCGUGAGAAUGAUUGAAUCGGGAGGGACGGUCGAGAGGACGACUAGGUACAGUCUCACUUGUCGCGAUGUCGAGAAAGUGGCAAGUGGGAGGGUAGCAGGAGUCGUCAAUCGUACUUGA